UAAGAAUACAAAAAGAACAAAAAGUGUAAUGUUCAUCUCUUUAUUAGUAGUAAAGAGAGAUAGGAAAAGCAAAAGGCAGUGGCUUGUUGUUUAAAAAAGAAAGAACCCUAUUCUUCCCUAUUUGCAUCGCAUUUGUUCUUCAAUCGAAUGUUCCAUGCAAAGAAAGGCGCGACUAUGAAUUCGCACGAGAGACCCAUAGCCGACUCUGGUCUUGUCUUAACUACCGACCCUAAACCUCGCCUGCGUUGGACCGUCGAACUCCACGAACGCUUCGUGGAUGCUGUUACGCAACUGGGCGGCCCGGACAAGGCCACUCCAAAGACCAUUAUGAGAGUUAUGGGUGUCAAGGGUCUUACUCUUUACCACCUCAAAAGCCAUCUUCAGAAAUUCAGACUCGGAAAGCAGCCUCACAAGGAGUUUAAUGAUCCCUCGAUUAAGGAUGGUCCAACGUUAGAUCUUCAAAGGAGUGCAGCUUCUUCUUCUGCAAUCAUGGGUCGUAGUAUGAAUGAUAACUCACCCAUGGUUGAUGCAAUUAGGAUGCAAAUGGAGGUGCAGAGAAGAUUGCAUGAACAAUUAGAGGUUCAAAGGCAUCUUCAAUUAAGGAUCGAAGCACAUGGGAAAUACAUGCAAAACAUGUUAGAGAAAGCUUAUCAAACGCUUGCGGGUGAAAACAAUAUGGCCUCUGGAAGCUACAAAUUGGAGGUCGGGAAUUCAGAAAUGGGUUUUCCGCCAUUUCAAGACCUCAACAUUUAUGGAGGUGAGGAGCUGGAUAACAAUGAAAGCAUUUGUUUGGGAAGGAAGCGGUCUAGCCCUUACGGUGCGGGCAGCGGAAAGAGCCCGUUGAUGAUGUGGUCCGAUCAUCAUUUGGAUUCAAUCUCACUGGACAUUUACGACAACAAACCGCCACUUCAGGCCGAUAAGAAUUUCGAUGCAUCGACAAAGCUUGAAAGACCAUCGCCAAGACUCAUCAAUUCUGCAACUAUGUCACACCACACCAGUUCACCCUUUGCCUCAACCUAACUCUACUUUAGUAGCUCCAAUAUUAACAUACUAGGGUUUUUCUCCCGGAAACCUAAUAUAUUGUCAUUCUCACGUUACCUUCUCCAUGUAUCAUCAUCAUCAUCUACAUAAACUAUAAUUCUAUGCAUGCCAAUAUCAUCAAAUUAAAUUGCAUUUAUUAACCA